GAAUAUGAAGGCGCGCUAAGCCGGGCUGGAGCGGAGUGUCUCCGAGGCUGUGCUCCAUUCAGAGCCCAAGGACUUACAGCUUCCUCCGCUGCCUUCCUGUGCCAACGACCCCCCAAAAGUUGUGAUGCUUUUCUUUACACAGUGCUUUGGGGCUGUGUUGGAUCUCAUUCACCUCCGGUUUCAGCACUACAAGGCUAAACGGGUUUUCUCUGCUGCUGGGCAACUUGUCUGUGUGGUCAACCCCACCAACAAUCUAAAGUAUGUGUCUAGUAGACGGGCCAUCACUCAGAACUCUGCUGAGCAAGGUAGCUUCCACCAGCACCAUCUUCCCCACCACCAUCGCCACCACUGUCACCACAACCACCUGUAUCAGCAUGCCCGUCCCCACCACCUCCACCACCAGGAGCCCGGACUGCACAGCACUCAGAUGACACCCUGCAUUUGCCCCCUGUUCUCCUGCCAAUGGGAAGGGCACCUGGAGGUGGUGGUCCCUCACCUGCGGCAAAUCCACAGGAUCGACAUCCUGCACGGGGCGGAGAUAGUGUUCCUGGCCACGGACAUGCACCUCCCCGCGCCAGCCGAUUGGAUCAUCAUGCACUCCUGCCUCGGCCAUCACUUCCUGCUGGUGCUCAGGAAACAGGAACGACAUGAAGGGCACCCUCAGUUCUUUGCUACCAUGAUGCUGAUUGGGACCCCCACACAGGCCGACUGCUUCACCUAUCGCCUGGAGCUCAACAGAAACCACAGGCGUCUCAAAUGGGAGGCCACCCCGAGAUCCGUCCUGGAGUGUGUGGACUCAGUCAUCACCGACGGGGACUGCCUGGUUCUCAACACCUCACUGGCCCAGCUUUUCUCUGACAAUGGCAGCCUCGCCAUUGGAAUCGCCAUCACUGAGACGGAGGUCAGAGCCAGGGAUGCUGCUGAGAUGUGAGACCAGGAGCGGCCGGAUCUCCUGUGCACCUCGGACCUCUAGACAGCAGGACCUAUUAAUUACCCUUCUUUCUUUUCUUUCUUUUUCGUCUCAGGUAAUUUGAGGUAUUAGUAUUCGUCUGCCAUGGGCAUUAUAUUAUGUAAACAACUGUGAUUCAAGAUCUUGGUGUGAAAUCUGUCCUGUGUUGUUGGUAAAAUUUUGUAGAACAUUCAGAAGAGUCUACCAGAAUAGUUAUUUCCCACCAUUGUUAGUUCUUUUUUUCACUGCCUCCAAAGGGAACACGUACCACAGUUACCAAGAAGCAGAGCACUGGAGUUAAAGGCUCCCAAACACAUCCUUCUUUCCCUCUUCUGGCUGCUUCAGACAGAGCCUGCCUUGUCAUGGGUGAAGCAGCAUGUCUCGGGAGAAAACCCUGACAGCCAUGAUCGACCCCUUUCCAGGAGCCUUGGGCUCAAGGCUAAGCUGCAGAAGCAUGAGACAGUGUCUCCUCCACAGACCGUGGCGUCACCUGGAGGCACCCUUUGUGUCAGAAGCACUCAUUUGAUCCAGGGCUGGAGACAGUGGUCAGAUUAAAAGCCUUCUCCUUUUUUCAGGUUUUCCUGGCCUCCUUACUGAGCCAUGCCUUUCCCUUUUACUUUGCAAUUAAAGCCCGGAUGUUCUCCCUGCUUUUCGGAAAAUCGCUUUGCCUCUGCUGAGAUGCAGGCUAAGUAAGAUGCAGGAGAAAAGCAGCCAGAAAGAAGGCAUGGAAUUAAUUUUCUAACAGAGGGUGCUCCUGCCUCAGUGAGACCUUUCAAGUGUAUAAAUUAUAAAUCCGUCAGCCCCCCUCACUAGAGUAACACUUUUUGUAUCAGAGAGCCAGCCACUCUGUUCUUGAUAGUUUAUAAAUAAGAUCCAUCAUCAAAAUAAGGACCCCAGAGAAAAGCAAAGCAGGACCUCCCGCCUGGAGAGCUGGCCCUGAUACUUGUCCCCCACCCUGCUGGCUUCUUUCCUUACUCUCUAACACACUCUGUACAUAAAUAUGGCUGCUUAGGAGUUAGCUCUGCAUGUGCAGAAGGGAGCGUCACCUCACCCUCCACUUCCCUCCCCUCCCCAACCCACCAACCCACAACCUUACCACCACCCCCUCCACCUUCUUCACCCUCACCCCCUCCACCUUCACCCUCACCCCCUCCACCUUCACCCUCACCCCCUCCACCUUCACCCUCACCCCCUCCACCUUCACCCUCACCCCCUCCACCUUCACCCUCACCCCCUCCACCUUCACCCUCACCCCCUCCACCUUCACCCUCACCCCCUCCACCCUCACCCUCACCCCCUCCACCUUCACCCUCACCCCCUCCACCUUCACCCUCACCCCCUCCACCCUCACCCUCACCCCCUCCACCCUCACCCUCACCCCCUCCACCCUCACCCUCACCCCCUCCACCCUCACCCUCACCCCCUCCACCCUCACCCUCACCCCCUCCACCUUCACCCUCACCCCCUCCACCUUCACCCUCACCCCCUCCACCUUCACCCUCACCCCCUCCACCUUCACCCUCACCCCCUCCACCUUCACCCUCACCCCCUCCACCUUCACCCUCACCCCCUGACACCCUCUCCAGAGGUUGUUUCUCUUGGUUUGUUGUUAGAACCGUGCAUGAGCCUCUAGAGGAAGGCCUUCGAGCACUGGAAGAAGGGGGAGGGGCUUCGCUCUGCCUUUUUUCUGCUCUAACUUGGACACCUUAAAACCUUCCCAAUGGGACCACGUGUCCACAACUCCUUUCUGUCACUGGCCAAGUGCUACGGGGAAACAUGGCAUCCAAAUCCAGCACAGCUCUCUCCCUGGGACUGUGUGGGCCUCUUUCCAACUCAUUCCCUUACCUCAGGCACACCAGCUGGGCCGGGCCAGCCUCCAAGCGAAUGCUUAGUUUGAGGCAGAUUGUCCUGGCUGGCCAUCAGCAAUCUUUUCUCUACCAGAAUUAAUCCAUCUAAAAACAUACUACCCUUCCCCCACCCCCACCCCAAACUGAGUGAUUUUCCAGCCAUUUUUGCUGUGGACUCCCACCCGAAACAUUGAUAGAAAUAUGAAAAUGCAGUUCUUUCCAGUCACCCAGUCAUUUUUGGGACUCUGAGCCCAGGCUUCAUCUAUCUAGGGCUGGAGAAGCACAACUAACUUUGCCCAUAGAGGAGCACAAAGACGAAGCUGUGAGUUCCCGAGGAAAGGCUUGCAUGCGGCAGGAGCUAUCACACAUGCAGCUCCAGGCCAUUAGAUUCCAACCAUGGAUGGCCCAGACCCAAGGCUCGUGGGUCAGCCCUGGGAGGGAGCAGCUUCUGUGGCUCCUUGCCUGCAGCCCAGGCCUCCAUAGCCAUCUAAAGGCGUCAGAAGCCGCAGUUCCUUCCUGGCUUCUGACGGUCAUUUGGAACAUCAUAGGUGCCCCAACUAAACACACAACACCUCAAGAAGACGCUCAGUGCUUACACAUCCCGGGACUCCUGCAGGUUGCCUGUGCCUUCCACUGAGCCGAACUAGGAACAACUGCAGGCUGUCAUUAGUGCACACUGUACUAUGGGUAGGUCAUCCAAGCACAGAUUUGAAAGGUGGUUCCUAAGAUCUCCAAAAUAAAGGCUAGGAAAUGUGUCCUUUUCCUCCAUCUACGGUGCUCCCAAAAUGGCUUUUCUCUCCAAACGAGUAAGUGAGAACAGAAGACAAAGGAGCCAGCUAAGGCCAGUGAAUUGGAAACCAAAAAAAGUGUGCAUUUGAUGUCAUUGCUACCAAAAGGCUCUUUUCUUUAGUCUUGAGUAAAUCCUCAUCAGGUUCCUCAACACACAGGUUCAGAGAUGCAUCAUGACCUUCUCAAGGUCAAACAUCAGACCACAACUAAAAUUCAGCCCCACCAACCCAGAUUUAGUGUUCUCGAUAUAGGAAGACGAACCCCCGAUGUCCAGCAGGGUCUUGCUUCAGCAGUGGAUUGGAGACUUGAGAACCGAUCAGGUCUUCACCCUGGAUGAUGGAGAAUCCAGAUGAUGGUGGAGAAUCCAGAGGGAAGACUGGAGUGGAAUCCUUCUUUAGUAGCUUCUUGGCCAUGUGAAGUAAGCUGGUCCCAGGGCUGUGGGAGGGAAGAGGUGCAUGGAGGUCUCAGUAGCCUGGUGUCCCUUUGUCCCCUUCACCCACUGUCAGGCAAGCGUCUUGCUCCUCCAGGUUGCCAAGACACUCAAUGGUACUCUUUGAGGAAUAUGUGUGUUUUAAUAGAGGGUCUAGACAGACAGUAGCACUGAAGAGAAAAUGGGUCAUCUGUAUUUGAAUUGGCAAUUGUGAGCUGUUUGUUGGGAAGGUGUUUUAAGGGGAGCCUGCCUCCCCUUGAGUCAGAGCCUAAAUGAAUGACUGCUGGAGGUUCACAGUACAAUGAAGAUUGUACAUACAUGUGUCAGUCAGUACAUACAUGAGCCUGUCCCCGGGGUAGACCUAACUUUCCUGCAGCUCCUGGGGACAUUGAGAAAUGGGCCAGGAUAGUUGUCACAGUAGGCCUUGUGGCUGCCACUGACUGGAAGUUUCCCAUAUGACCCCGGGGGAUAUUAUCCCAUGUAAUCCUCAAAAGAAUCACACGGAGCUGCUGCUAUGUGUAAUAUGUUGUACCUAUGUAACUGAGAAAUUGCAGAUAGCAAACAGUAAGACUGGUUCCACAGUCUAGGCUUUUAACCAAUUCCAUCCAUGUCAUUUCUAUGAACUCAUGUUGCAGAUUCUCAGAAGGACCAGUCUGGACGGCAUGGAAACGCUGCUUUAGUGUUUCAGUACUAAGUGUAUCUUUUUGCUUCUGUUCUUCCAGUCUGAUAGCUGACUUGUAUUCAGAUUGUUACAUUUUUAGAAUUUUGUAGGUCAGUUAUUACAACCAUUAUUGAAGAUUAACUUAUAUAUAAUCUUACAGUUAAAUAAAUUCUAUUUAAGACAAGGAGAA